AUGUGGAGGAGACUGGCUCAGAUUCUGGGCCUGCUGCUCUGUGUACUGGGCUGGGGCUUGGUGGGCUGCACCCUUGCUAUGGACCACUGGAGGGUGGCCCAGCUGGGGGGCCAAGGGGGCUCAUCUGUGGUGGUGACAGCCUGGUUCUGGUCAGACCUGUGGAGGGACUGCUAUGAAGACUCAACCUCUGUAGUGAACUGUGUGGACCUCGGGGUGCUGUGGGCAGUCAAACCAUACAUUCAGGCAGUCAGGGGGCUCCUGAUGUCCGGCCUCUGCCUCGGCCUGAUCGGCACAGUGCUCACGUUCUUUGGACUGGAGUGCACGUACAUCGGAGGAGACCGGAGAAGCAAGGACAGGAUUUACGAAGCUGGACCACCUCUGUACCUCGGCCUGGUCGGAAGUUUCCUCAUCUUCCUCGGCUGUUGCGUUCAUUGUUCAACCACAUGCAGGGUCAUCCACCCAGAAAGACAUCCCACAGCUCCUUCCAUCAGAGAGAAACACGAAGAAAAUGAAGUGCUGAGAGAGAAAAAGCACAUCUACAGACAAUAUUCACCAUCAAAUGACUCCAAACACAUGUCUUCAUACAAGAUAUCAUCUGUUGUGAUUGUGUAA